AAAAAUUGUUCUUAUAACUCUUUGUGUUUCUAAGAGAUCCGAGAAUCCGUCUUCAAAAUUCCAAUUAAAGAAGUAAUAAUUUGUAUCAAAGUAAGUUUGAAUCAGGCACAAAAGAAUCAAAUCCCUUACACUAUCACUAGACACCACACAUUUGGGAACCAAUCUUUUUUUACUACAGAAUAAUAACACUUAGUAUCACAGAAAGCUUCAAAAAUAAUUUCUGUAACAAAAAAUACUAUUUUUUUUAACACAAGCGUUUUUUCGGGUCUUAGUUAUAUCUUGGCAAAAUGCAAGCACAAAGAGAUUUGAUUUGUUAAGAAAAGGUAUACAGUCUUUAUAUAAAACAUGUAUACAGUAAACACGGUAGCACAAACAAACAGUUGAGAUAGUUUUUUACAAACAUAGAGCGCUAGCUUAAUUUAAGGAUCUAAGAUAAUUGAAGAGGACUAUAUAAGGGAUGUUGUGAGCGGUUAAGCAAGAUUAUGUUUUUAAUAAAACGGUUUAAGUUAAGAUUAUUUCCUUUUUCUGUCCCGGUUUCGUCUAGGUUUACCUGGUUAUAAGGGCCAGCCCACAAUUAACCAUCCAAAAGACACAAGAACUAUGAUGGAUUUGGCCAGUUCUGUCUGGGUCGUUAUAAAACAAGUACUGAUUUUCCACAGCUUUUAAAAUAGAAUUAGGACGCAACUUCAAUAGGUUUCAUGGCAGGUCCUGGAAAUAGCCAAAUAAAUAUCAGCUUGUAACUUCAAAUUUUCUGAAGAAAAUUAUAUACAUUGAUUUCCAAAUUUAUUAUUUUUUUUAAUUAUUAAAACCUUUAUUAAAGCGCAUGUUGCCUCCCAAAAAAUCUUAGACGAUCUGGUUUACUUUAUUUUUUUCUAAAAUAAAGUAAUUCUUCUAUAGAGUUGGAUAUGAUUCCAAUGGUACUCUACUUUAGAGUAAAAAAUAGAGUGAUGAACAAAGAAAAAACAAAUUACUUUAUAUAUAGAAUAAAUUUAUUUUUCAUUCUAUUAUAGAGUGUAAAAUAGAAUACUAUUGGAACAUUUUUCUUCUAAACUCUAUUUUAGAGUGAAAAAUAUAGUAGGGUUGUAGAUGUCCUUAAAACCAGUUUUGAUAGGUUUGUCCACCAGUCUGGAACUUUUUUAGCAUUUAUAAUAAACACCAUGCAACAUCAAUCUGAGUAUAGUUCUCUAAGAUUCCUGUAGGUCAUUUUCAUAGUUUUCCACAGAACAAAACAAUUUGAAGAAUCUUGGGAACUCUUUGCCAAUUAGAGUUAUCGCAGAGAAAACAAGAACAUAUAAACUCUUUAUUCUCUGCUUCUAUGGACCAGCACACCAGGUACUUACACACAAUCCAGGCAUCUAGAAGACGCAAGCAACAUAAAUUGCACACGUGACCAAAUCUGUAACUGUAAGGUUAAUGUAAUUACACGAUAAACCAUAUAAUAAUAAAUAUACAUCCUGGAAAAUUAUUAUUAAAGAAAUGAAUUAGGAUUUGGAAAGAUUAUAUACUAAAACCCAAAGUUUCAUUUUACCCAAAAAAAACCCAAAGUUUCAUUUUACCAAAAAAAAAACCCAAAGUUUCAUAGACAUGAAACAGAGUACCAAGAGAAAUUUCACAAUGUCAAGGCAAAUAGAAUUGGCCUUUCUCAGUUACUAAAUAAAUAAUUUGCUGGGUCUUUUUAAUGAAUUCCUAAUCCUAAUAAGAUAUCUAAGUAUUUAACUUUCAAUCUCAAGCGCUGCUGCUAGAUACAAAAGGCCACUUAUCAGACACCCAAAACAAUUCGACCCCUUCUGCUAUAUGCUUUUUUCUUCUUUCUUUGCCUUUUAUACGCUUCUACAGUGAUAUCUAGAUUAACCUUUAAUAAAGUCAAAGGACAAACUGCAAUCAUAACCUCACAAAAUAGUUGAAAAAUGUUAGAUCCUUUUUUUUGCUCACACAAAUUUAUAUAUUCCUUCCAUAUUGUUAAAACCAUAAAGGAAAAACAAUAUUUUGCAUAUUUUUUUUGUUUUAGAUGAUAAGAUUAUAUAGUUUACCUCAGUUCCUCUCUUGAUUGAUUUGGGAUAGCCGCUGAAUAUUUUACAGAUAGUGCAAUAGAAACUAUUGAGAUCUACCAAAAGAAAAUAUAAGAAAGUGUUCUUAUUGCAACACAAAAAAAGAGACAUAUAAAAGGCCGAAUUAAUGGGAGUGUUGCAUCAGUGUACAUCAAUCGCCUAUUACCGAUCAUUUCCAUUUUUAAUGCUAUAAUGGCUUGAUGGCAUCAUAAAACAACAGGCCCCCACAUUAUCAUCAGCAUAAUCUCUCACCAUAUAUGGACGGUAAAGAUAAGAAAGACAAAUCAUUUGAGAAUUUUAAUAAUGUGAGUGCUAUAUCGCGUAGACACAACAACACAUUGUUCAAGUUGGCUCACAUAUAAAUAUUGGUCUAGAGUAUGCCAUAAGUUCCCACAAAACAAAACUGAGAAGUAACUUUCCUUCUAUUCAGAGAGAAAAUUAAAAAAGGAAGAGAGAGAUGAAAAAUGUGCAAGAGGAAUACCGUAAAGGACCGUGGACAGAACAGGAGGACAUCCUCUUGGUCAACUUUGUCCACGCUUUCGGAGAUCGAAGAUGGGAUUUUGUAGCCAAAGUUUCAGGUUUGAAGGUGGAGGGAGAAACAUGAUAAGAAUAGGUUUAAACAGAACAGGAAAGAGUUGCAGGCUAAGGUGGGUUAAUUACCUGCAUCCUGGCCUCAAACGUGGUAAGAUGACUCAUCAAGAAGAGCGUCUUGUCCUUGAGCUUCACGCCAAAUGGGGAAACAGGUGGUCAAAAAUCGCAAAGAAAUUGCCGGGUCGAACAGAUAAUGAGAUAAAGAAUUACUGGAGGACUCAUAUGAGGAAGCAGGCACAAGAGAAGAAGCGACCUAUGUCGCCAACUUCCUCAUCUUCAAACUGCUGCUCAUCCUCUAUGACCCAAGACACUGGAGGAUCCAAUGGGAAAAUGAAUCAAGAAUGUGAUGAUGGAAACUACUCUAUGGAUGACAUAUGGAGAGAGAUUGAUCAAUCUGGAGCAAACAUUAUUAAACCGGUAAAAGACAUCUACUACUCAGAGCAAAGCUGUUACUUUAAUUUCCCUCCUCUUCCUCUGGCUUCUCCAACAUGGGAAAGCUCCUUGGAGUCUACAUGGAACAUGGAUGCAUACGAGAGUAAGAUGUCUUCUUUUGCCAUUGAUCAAUUUCCUCUCAGUUUUGAACAUGCUAGAUCAUCAUGGUCGUCUUUAGUCUAGGAUUUGAUUCAUUUGAAUGUUUAUAUGUGAAGCUUAUAUGUAUUAUCAUAUCCAUCUCCCUUUUUCUCAAAAAUAUGUUUUCAUGGAUACUAUGUGUAAUAUAAGUGAGAACUAUAUUUCAAAAUGAAUAGAUUUUAAUGUUUCUGUGAA